AUGGGCAUUGAAACGUCUGCCCACCAUGGGGAGUCGAUUACCCCGGCUCAACAGCCAGUCCUGGAGUCCCCUUAUCAAACCAGCCCCGAGAAGAAGCCCAUGGGGCCCGCAGGUGUUGACACCCCGAUUCCUCGGAUCACCAUGCGGUCGCUCAUCAUGGCCCUCUUCGUUUCCAUGGGAGGUCUCUUGUUCGGAUAUGAUACUGGACAGAUCUCUGGGUUCCAGGAAAUGAGCAAUUAUCUGGAGCGGUACGGUCAGCUCGAUUCGAACGGUGAUUACAAAUUCAGCACAGUCCGUUCCGGUCUCAUCGUCGGAUUGCUUUCCAUUGGCACCAUGAUUGGUGCCCUCGCGGGAGCACCCAUUGCGGACAAAUUGGGCCGCAAGUGGUCCAUUACUCUUUGGUGUAUGAUCCUGAACGUUGGUCUGAUCGUUCAGAUCUCUUCCCCCACAGGACACUGGUAUCAGAUGGUCGUCGGCCGUUGGGUCACAGGUCUCGGCGUCGGUGGCUGCUCGCUGCUCGUGCCGAUGUACCAAGGUGAAAGUGCUCCUCGCCACAUCCGUGGUGCCAUGAUCAGUUGUUACCAAUUGUUUGUGACCCUCGGUAUCUUCUUGGCCUACUGCAUCAAUCUGGGCACCCACACCAUGGAUGGUACUGGCCAAUGGCGCAUCACUCUUGGACUCACCUUCCUCUUCGCUCUGGUCCUUGGUGGUGGGAUGGUGUUCUUCCCUGAGAGCCCUCGCUACGAGUUCCGCCACGGCAAGGCUGAAAGUGCCCAACGAACCCUGGCCAUGCUUUACGGCAUCCCGGAAAACCAUGUGCGCAUCUUGGAAGAGAUGGAUGAGAUUCGAGAGCAAUUCGAAGCCGAGUCGGAUGACCAGAAAUGGCAUGAAUUCAUCACUGCCCCCCGCAUGUUCUACCGAAUCGCUUUGGGCAUGGUCCUGCAGUCACUUCAGCAGUUGUCCGGCGCUAACUAUUUCUUCUACUACGGCACUACUAUCUUCGAAGGCGCCGGCAUUUCGGACAGCUUCAUCACGCAGUGUAUCCUUGGUGCUGUGAACUUUGGUACUACAUUUGGAGGAUUGUACGUUGUGGAGAACUUCGGUCGUCGCAAGUCUCUCAUCUUUGGAGCCAUCUGGAUGUUUGUCAUGUUUAUGAUCUUCUCCUCCAUCGGACACUUCGUCCUCGACGUGAAGAACCCCACAAACACUCCAAACGCAGGCAAAGGCAUGAUUGUCGUGGCCUGCUUGUUCAUCGCUGCUUAUGCCAUGACAUGGGGACCGAUGGUUUGGGCUAUCGUCGCAGAACUGUUCCCAUCUAAGUACCGCGCUAAGGGCAUGGCUAUUGCCACCGCGACCAACUGGCUCUGGAACUUCUUGAUCAGUUUCUUCACCACUUUCAUCACCAAGGAAAUUGAUUUUGCUUAUGGAUACGUGUUUGCUGGCUGCCUUUUUGUCGGUGUUGGCAUCGUCUAUUUCUUUGUCAUCGAAGGCAAAGGUCGUACCCUGGAAGAACUUGACUGGAUGUACGUCAACAAAGUUGUCCCAUGGAAGAGCAGCAGCUACGAAAUUCCCGAGCGUCACCAAGAUUGGAUUGCGGAGGAGAACCCCUACGGCCGCAAGGGAGAUCGUGCCUCUCACACUGAGAACGCAUGA